GGGGUUUUGUUUAUUGUGAUCCUUUUAGAAACUUCUAUAAAAUUAAUGUUUAAAUUUUUAAUUCUUUUUUGUCUGGAUUCUAUGAUCCUUUGACAAUGAAGGUAAUGAGCUCGUAUUGAUCAGUUAAGGAUAGAAUUUGGAAAUAAUUCAAGCAAUUUUUUUUAGUUUAUAUAGAAGGGCGUGCGACUUAUUGUGCUUAAUGCGCAUUGAUGCCACAUUGGAUGGGUAGCGCCCAGAGGCGUGGCUGACAAUUUGGGGGCCCGGUUCUAAAUUUUAAUCGGGACCUCUUAAUCAAUCUUCAGAAGAAACUAAUAAUUGUUUUUAUACGUAGUACUAACCAUAGAAAGAAUUUUUUAUAUCUAGAAUUAAAAUAAACAUUAAGACAUAGCAAUGGUUCUAUGCAAAACAUAUUACAUGCAAAAUAUUGAUAGUAAAAAAAAGAUACACAAAAUCAACAUCUUACUAAUAAUCUUGACAUGUCCGAUAAGCUUACUGAGAUUUUUAGCUGCCUUCCCAUCACUCUUCGACGUUUCCCUCAAUGACCUAAUCGACCACACAGUUGGAAACAAAAUCUUUCAUCCAUUAAGGUAAUCUUUCAGCCACAAGGUAAUCUUUCAGCCAUCACAAAUUAUAAAAAAAACAUAAUAAUUACAAAGGAAAAUACAUAAAAAUUUCAUCCAUUAAGUUAUUUACUUUCACCAAAUUAGCAUUGCUAUUUUCUAAACUCUUCACAAAUUAGGUUUUCCCCCUCAGCCAACCAAUUCUACUUUUUUUUAUAUGCCCACAAAGUCACAUCCUAGUGAACUCAGCAAAUCAACAAUCAAAAAGUAUUUAGUCAUGUUUUCUGGUAGUGAAACUUAUCACAAAGUUUUACAAAACUGCUAUCAAAAGAGGUAACUUUUUACUAAGGAAAAUGAAAGACAUGCAAGAAAAUGAAAGACAUACAAAACCAAGGCAAUUCAUCAAACACAUGGUAGGCAUAGAAGGUUACCUUGAGAGGUCAGAGUCACAGAGAGGUGAGAAGACCAAGGGGCUGGGGUCUUGUUGAUGCGGAAGCGCUCCUGCCCCUUGGCGAUGAGGAAGAAGCGGUCGUCGGUGAGCUUCUCGUUCUUCACAAUCUCGGCGACGCGGCCGACGGCGACAACGAAGGAGGAUUCCGAAGAUGAGAAGAGGAUGUCGAAGUGGAGGUCGGAGUGGUGGAGGGUGUGCAUCCUGAUUCGGUAGCGAAACUCGAAGAUCUGAAGAGGGAGGAUCGUGCCAGGGAAAAGAACCAAAGGGAGGGGGAAGAUUAGAAGCUCUGCCGCUGACGAUGGCUUGAUCUUUUUUUUGCGCGAUUUGGGGGCGGCUGGGACAACGAAGGGGCGGCUGCGCGAUUUGGGGGGCCCACCAAGUUGGGGGCCCUGUUCUGCGGAACCGGAUGUUCCGCCUCAGCGGCGCCCCUGGUAGCGCCUUUUUGCGCCUUGCGGUGCCCUGCAUGAGGACACUUUGCAUAGGGUGCAUGCAAGACUUAGCCUCGUAUAUUUUUGUCCUUAUGCGCGGUAAUCCGUAUCCCGAAAAAGAAAACAAAUCAAUUAGGCCUUUUUAGUAGCCUGAUUGAGGACCCUCACUCGUCCUCGUUUAGUAGUUGAUUUUGCUUCAAUAUUAGUCUUGAUUUGACAAUUAAUUUGGAAAAAAAUUGAACUUCUUUUCUCUGUCAGGUGUUUAGCAUUAUGAAUUAAGAAUUUAUUUUGUGAUUUGGUAGUAAAUAUUAUUUACCUUGACAUGUUUUUUACAUGAAAUUUCCAUAAACAUGUCCUUUCGUGCUUGAUUUUCUAUCUUGAAAAUUUAUGUGCAUGGUGUGAGCCUCGCUUCACUCAAGUUCGCGCAUCACAUUGCUCCUUACUCAUGUGCGUGUAAAGGGACUUUGCGCCUGAUGCAUUGAUAACACUGAGUUUUUCUCGAAACAAGCAACACAAAGAGUAUAAUGACAAAUGGAAUCUGAAAGUGAGUUUUUCUUACUGCCAGAGAAAAAUACGAGAAGAAAAAUUAAUUUUAAUUUAUUAAAUUGAAGAUGCAUGAAGUAUUUGAGAGCUUAUUAGUCAUUUUUUGUUGAAAGAAAUUGGUUUUUGGAAAAAGAAAAGUUUUGUUGCAUAGGUGAAGAUGUCCGUAGAGGAAAUCUUUAUUUGCUACUACGAAUAUAUUUUCUAUGACAACUCAAUUUUCAGCUAUAUCAAGAAACAAGUUAAGGGUUAUUAGCUAGUCACAAGAUAUUGCCCAUGAGAACUCAAGCUUGGUAGCAAAUCAAGAUUACCUCCCUUGGCAUAAAAUGAUUUGCAAUUUGUUUAUUCAAGGUUUUCUCAGUGUAGUCUUAUAAGAAAAAUGUGAUCAGGUGCAUUCCCAAGUUAAUUCCCAAGUUAAUUUUUUUGUUGAUGAAUGUGGUGAUGAUAGAGUUUUCAAUUGGAGAGAUCAAGCGGAGCAAAGUGUUAUAUGAUUUCAGCUAGGGAGCUUUCCAUUGUAUGGGGAGACACCCCCCAUUAUUGGAAGUGGAUACCUGUGGCUUAUACAAGUCGCGUUGAUAGGUUCUCCGAGGUGGCUCAUCUCCUAAAUGUCUGCUGGCUAGAAAUCCACGGCAAAAUACAAACCCGAAUUCUCUCCCCAAAAACAAACUAUGCUGCAUAUCUCAUCUAUAAGCUAGAUGCAGCAUCACACGGCCUCCAAGUUCCCGCCCAAGAGACCUCUGUCAAGCUCGGAACCCAUGAAUCUAAACACAAAGUCCGGUUACAGCCUGCUGACAGUGAGCAAUCUAUAGGAGGCCAUGGACUGUUCUAUCGUUUCUUUCAAGGGAUUGUGGGUGUACCCAGGCAAGAAAUUUGUGAGGAUUUGGAGGAGAAUAGGAUUCCGGGUGUUAGAAAUGAUGGGUGGAUGGAGAUGGAGAUGGGCGAGUUCUUUAAUGAUGGUGGCGAUGACGGAGAGGUCGAUAUGUGCUUAUUGGAAGUUAAAGGACGGCAUUGGAAGAGUGGGCUUACUGUUCUUGGAAUAGAAGUGAGACCAAAGAAAUGAAGCUAUAACAGAGAUUUGUACGGGUAUAUGGAUUUUAAGAAUAGAGCAGAUGCAGUCAUUUCUUAGUAAACUUGAUAUAUUUUACCAGAUUCUAUAAAUUUAAUUCUGGUUACGGACAAACAUUAUUGUAUCUGAUAAAUUUUACAGGCUCAUUGAGAUCCGGUAUAAGAGAUUUUGGGCUCUUUUCUUUUGGGUUUGGGAACAUUUAGGUGUGAGUUUUACAGACUGUUGUAUAAUCUCAUUUGCAGCAUACCUUAAUUAGAUGUCUAUGAUAUGUAACAUUCAGAA